GCAAUGUUCACGCAGAGGACUGUGGAGAUUGGAAAACGUCAGAUACAUAUUUCCACCAGGUUAUCAGACGUUAAGAAAAUGGGAUUGAGGGGUGAGCUUUGAGCAUUAACAGAAGCCUAAGUUGAUUUAAUGAACUAAACUAUGUCAACUAUGAUAGCAAGUGCAGAACACUGUUCAUGGCAUCAUGGUUCACUAAAAUUGUUGUUUUUCCUAUCCCUUCUUCCAGAGCCAACUUCCUUAAAACCAAAUGUGGUUUUGAGCCUUACCAUUCUGCUCAUCAAUUUGCUAAUGGAAACUAUUAUUCUUAUUCAAAUAGUGAAAAAAACCAGGGCAAAGUCACUGAGCUGCUUAACUACAAAGCAGAUUAUUACAGCUAUGCGUCUGUGUUGCAGGACGCCAUUAACAUCAAAUCCCUCUCACAAGGCAAACUUGUGCAUGCCCACAUUGUGCAGUCAGGAUUUAAGGCUGACGUGUAUCUGCAAACUAAGCUUUUGAUUCUCCAUACUAGUUGUGGGACUCUGUAUGAUGCUCGCAGGUUUUUUGACGGAAUGCCUGAACGUAAUGUGGUCACAUGGACUACAAUGGUUGCGGCUUAUGCGCAAAUCGGGUAUCUUGAGGAGGCCGCAAAAUUAUUUGACAAAAUGCCUGAACGAAAUGUGGUUUCGUGGAAUACUAUGAUUUCUGGAUACGCCAAGAGUGGACAGCUUGAACAUGCUCGUAACCUUUUUCAGGAAAUGCCUGAAAAGAAUUUAAUUUCAUGGAAUGCAAUAAUUGGAGGAUGUGUUCAGAAUGGGCUGUUCUGUGAGGCUGUUGACUUCUUUAGAGGAAUGCUAAUUGCGGAAGUGAAGCCAAAUUCUGUCACUUAUACCUGCCUUCUUCCUGCAUUUUCCCAGUUGGAAAAUCUUCCGUAUGGCAAGGAGAUACAUGGAGCUAUUUUAAGAAGUGGGUUUCAGUCUGAUGUACAGGAAGGCACCGCCCUUAUAAAUAUGUAUGCCAAAUGUGGAAGCUUGGAUGAUGCGUGCAAGGUGUUUGACAAAAUGCCAAAAAUAAAUUUAAUCACAUGGAAUGCACUCAUGGGAGGAUAUGUACAUAAUGGAGUCUUAGAAGAGGCUCGGAAGCUCUUUGAGGAGAUGCCUCAACAGGACAUUGUUGCCUGGAGCACCAUGGUUGCUGGUUAUGCACAGAAUGGGUAUGUUGAUGAGGCAAUGGAGUUGUUUCAGAAAAUGCCGGAGAGAAAUACAGUUUCGUGGAAUGCAAUGAUUGCUGGAUAUGCACAGAAUGGGAAAUUUGAAGAGUCUCUGAAGCUCUUUCGACAAAUGCAGCUGACUGGUUUGAAGCUAAACUCAAUUACCUUUGCCAGCGUUCUUCCUGCAUGUUCCAACUUGACAGCUUUUGAAGAUGGCAAGCAGGUGCAUGGAGGAAUAAUAAGGGAUGGAUAUAAGACAGACAGCUUUGUGAGCAGUGCGCUUGUAGACUUCUAUGCCAAAUGUGGAUGCAUAAAGGAAGCACACAAAGUCUUUGACAAAAUGACUGAACGAGAUGUUGUCUCAUGGACUGCAAUGAUUGUGGGAUAUGCUAUGCAUGGAUGUGUUAAUAUGUCCCUUCAACUUUUUGAACAAAUGCAACAGUCCAGGACAAAGCCGAACCAUGUUACAUUCAUUGGACUUCUCUCUGCCUGCUGCCAUACAGGCCUGGUGCAGCAGGGCUGGAAAUACUUUUGCAGCAUGAGUCAAGACUAUCAUAUAAAACCUACAUUGGACCACUACUGCUGUAUGGUUGAUCUACUUGGUCGUGCAGGGCACCUUGAUGAGGCCCUAAAGCUUAUCAACCAGAUGGUAAUAGAACCAACUGCUGCAAUUUGGGUAUCUUUCCUCUCUUCCUGUAGAAUCCAUGCCAAUAUAGAGUUUGCAGAACAUGCAGCGGAACGCCUUUAUGCCUUGAAUCCUAAAAUUCGUUCCCAAUAUGUGCUGCUAUCGAACAUUUAUGGUGCAGCUGGAAGAUGGGUUGAAAACCAGAAACUGAGAAAUCUAAUGAAAGACAGAGGAGUAGAAAGGACUCCUGGAUGCAGCUGGAUAGAUGUUAAUAAUGCUGCGCAUGCAUUCUAUGCUGGAGACAGGUUAUAUCCAGAAAUAGAGAAGAUCUGUGAAUAAAUAGACACAUGAUCUAGAAAAAUCAAGGAGUACACGCCCUUGGACACUUGAUUGAAUUCUCAAAAGACGUUGGAGUACGUGAUUACUGCCUUUCUGUUGUCGUGUUCAUCUCCAAAAUUCUCAGGAGAUGUGAUGAGAAGUGCUACCUAUUUUGAUUCACAUAAAGGUGGAUGUGGGGAUUAUUGUUGACGGUGAGUAAGCACUUAUUUUGAUUCACUUAAAGGUGGGUGUGGAAAUUAUUGUUGAUGGUGAGUGAGCACCUAUUUUGAUUCACAUAAAGGUGGAUGCGGGGAUUAUUGUUAAUGCUGAGUAUCACAAUCAGUACACACAGUCUCGAUUGACAAUGAAGUAAAUAUCAUUCACCUAGAUAUGAUCAAUUGCUGGAUGCUUUUCUUCGUUUUGCAUGGGCAUAGACUGGUAAUGUCAUUGAAUAUAAGUGGUUUUCUACGCUACAGCAAUAGAGCAGGCAUAACGGGAUAUAAAACCACCUAAAGGAAGCUUGGAAGCUAAGCGCAUAUGUUGGCCAUAAGAUAUUUGAAUUUGUUGAUUCAAACGAAGGGCUCUUAAUUCUGAGAUAAUUUAUAUCUUCAUGUAUAUUAUUGUCAUUGGCAUAACAAACAAAGCAUGUUGGUGUUUGAUGAAUGAUGUUGACAGUAUUUUAUGCAAAUGCCUGAGAUCUUUCUGGUCUCAAAAUUUUCUGGUCCCAUAAUUUUACGCUUCUCCAUGCCAUAAAUCGUGUGAUAUGCAUUAAUCUUUGAUAACUAAGCCUUUGGCUUUUGACGCACAAUGAAUUUGGAUUCUUCUGAUUGUUCAAGAUGUUUUAGAAACAUUGAGUUGAUAGUAUCAUGUUAAUGCCACUAAUAAAUGUAAGUGUAACCAAUGGUUACACACAGUCCUCUACAUGUAACCAUUAUUGAGGAAUGAAAAUGCAUGGAUGGAUGGCUAA